AUGCCCCCAAUCGCCCUGGACUGUUCCAGCAGCCAGGAACAGCCAGAACAGGUAGCUGCUGUGGCUGGAGGUGUAAUAGGAGGAAUCCUUUUAUUGAUACUUACUGGAAUAGCAGUGUACCUGCUUUGGAAGAAGAUAUGCCUCCAACCUUCCUAUGAGGAACUCACAGAUUCAGUCACACCAACACAUCCAGAUGCCAGUCUGGAGGAUCAGACUUUAACCCAGCCAUCUUCUGUAAUUCAACCAAAAAGCAUAAGAACUAGAAGCGUUCCGUUCAUCAUUCCACCAAAAUUUCAUGGGCGAGACUGGAUUAACCUGACAAAUGGAGAGCAUGUUCAGGAGGACAGUGACCCCUACGUGACUCCGGAGUCUGGGCCCCGGUGUUCUUUUCACUCCUUGGCUGGAGCUUAUGUCAUAGGGUCUAUCAACCCAGAGCUGUACAAGUUCCCUGAAGACAAGAGUGAGACAGACUUCCCUGAGUGCAACAUUGGCCGUCUUUGGUUCUCAGUGGAAUAUGAGCAAGAGGCUGAAAGGCUUCUCGUCUCCUUGAUAAAAGCUAGAAAACUGCAGCCUCCUACAGAUUCCUGCAGUCCCUUUGUGAAAAUUUAUCUGCUGCCUGAUGAAAGGCGUUACCUUCAGUCCAAAACCAAACGCAAAACCCUCAACCCUCAGUUUGAUGAAAAUUUUAUUUUUCAGGUUUCUAGUAAGACAUUGCAUCAACGGACUCUGAAAUUCUCAGUCUACCAUGUCGAUAAACAGAAAAAGCACCAUCUCCUAGGCCAAGUGAUUUUUCCUUUGAAAAAUGAGACAUUAACUGGUGACAGCAAAUUGGUAAUUUGGAGAGAUUUGGAAGCAGAAAACCUGGAGCCUCCUUCAGAGUACGGCGAUAUCCAGUUUUCUCUCAGCUACAAUGACUACCUGGGCCGUCUCACUGUAGUGGUGCUGAGAGCGAAGGGAUUAAAAUUCCAGGAUGAGAGAUAUGCUGCCAGUGUGUAUAUCAAAGUGUCCCUAAUGAACCACAAUAAAUUCAUUAAAUGUAAAAAGACAACAGCUGUUCUGGGAUCUCCCAAUCCAGUCUAUAACGAAACCUUCAGCUUCAAGGCAGACCAGACGGAGCUGGAUACAGCAAGCCUGAGCCUGUCUGUGCUCCAGAGUGCUGAGGGAGACAAAACCCACCUGCUGGGUCGUGUAGUGGUUGGGCCCUUCAUGUACACGAGGGGCAAAGAGCUGGAACACUGGAAUGAAAUGAUCAGCAAGCCCAAGGAGUUGGUUAAACGAUGGCACGCUCUCUGCCGCAACACCUAA